AGAAAGCUGUUCUAAACCACAGCAGGCUCGUGCGGCAGACAAUCUGAAGCGUGGAGAAAAACCUCAUUAGGAUCCAUGCACUUCACCAGAAAAACUACAGGCAAUGGUUCGUUCACUGGUAACUAAUUUGCAAAGAACCAUCUUUAAAAAGUGCAUAAUUGGGUUUCAAUUCCAAUGAUGGAUUUAAAGCGCGCAAUGGCUCUAAAUGAGGUUAUGAGGAUCACAAGAAGGAUAUGGGAGCAUUUCUACUGAGAUACGCUGUACGCUGGGCUGAUUGGGAAUUUCAGUGGAAGUAUUAGUGGAGGAGAACGCUUCCUGUAACCGCGUCUCGCACAGAUAAAUGGAGUGACGGAAAGGAGGGGGGCUCAGAAAAACUUGACACAGCGUCCAAGUGAUGGUCAUUCAACUCGUGUGGACUUUCCUCUUCAGGUGCGCCUCCAGUGUGGCUAUAAUUACCACAUAUGUGGCGGAGUAACCCACAGGGGACAUGUCACUGCGUCGGCGAGACAGAAUAAAGAGUGAGCUGGACUGAGGGAGACGGCUGUGUGACUCCACCGAGGACGUCUGGGGGACUUGGAGAGUCGGAUCUCUUUCUGCCGUUUGCGCUUUCUCUCUUUGCACUCUGCCGGCGGUCAGAGGAUGACCACAGAUGCUUAGCGAAAACUCAUGACUUCUGAAGCUUUAUUUCUUCAUACUUAGGAGCAGUCGCGGGACCAGACAGGAACGCUACUUUUUUUUUUUUUUUUCUGGACACAAACAGCGGAUUUGAGGCCUUUUUAAAAGAAAAGGUGUCUGGUGAACAGAGAGAAACUUUUUUUUUUGCACCCUCCUCACCACACGGGAGCUAUGAGCGGGCUGCGCAGGCACGUCAUGAUGGGACUGGUGUUGCUGAUGUGCACGUUGACCGAGCACUGCAGCGAGAGCGCGCCCUGCACAUCUCCCACCUCCACCACCUCCACCUCCACCUCCACCUCCACCACCACCUCCACCACCACCACCUCCACCGCCUCAGCCGCCGGAGGGGACGCGCUGCGGGACCUGAAGCGCAUAGUGGAGAUCGUCAAACACGUGGAGGAUCACCGGGGACGCCACGGUGGGAAAACGGAAGCCCCCCAAACGUCACGGACGGAGAGCUCCACGCUGGUGCAGAGAGACUUUCGCAACAGAACAGAAAGAGGAAACCACGCUGUGUUUCCCUGGGACUUAAAAAAGAAAGAGAAAUUUAUCAAAUAUAUAACAGGUCCGCUCUACUUCAGCCCCAAGUGCAGGAAGACCGUGUACAAGGUUUACCACAACACCAGAGACUGCACGGUACCCACAUGUAAGCCCGCUCAGGCCUUUUACGCGACCAGGAAUGACUCUGCGAGUCCAAUUCUUCAAAAGAUGUGCGCGUCUUCUCUCUCGGCUAGCCGGCAGCCCGCAGUGCACAGAGGGGUAGCACUCACAAGGGUGAAAUCAAACAGAAGUACUCCAGAAGAAAAAGAAAGUACACUUUGGGGCAAAAAAGUGCCUUGGACAAGCCUAAAUCUGACCAGCCCGACGGACAUUAGGCACAGUGUUGUCCUUCACUCAGGCCCCUUCUGCUAAGUCGUGAAAUGUGCCAAUCACAACUCUGGUUGGGCCUCGAAGGUUAGCAAUCACCACAUGGAAGCAACCAGGAAACAAAAAGCAGACACAGAUAAAGAUGAAGGUGGUGGAAGUGUAAAAGUUCAAGUGGAGAAGAAAAAGAAAAAGCAUCAGAAAUAAACAGAGCUGGGGCCUUUCAUUCCUGCCGGUCUCAAAAAUGAACAAAACAAAUACCUUUUGUUAUGGGAUCGCCCCGUUUGAAUGUUUGGGUUUAAGUUAAUCUUUUCUACUUUCCUGCAGGUUUCAGAGGUUUUCCUGCUUCAACACACUGUCAUAUCAAUGUGCCAAUAGCAGGCCUGAAAAAUGUUUAGAAGAGAUCCAAUUCACUCAGGCAGGUGUGCAGAAGCAGGAAAAUGUCUAAAACCUGCAGGACAG